AUGAGCCGAUUUAUGUAUAUCGAACAAAAAACAAUACGACUUCCGCCUGUCCAUGGCUAUCGUACUCAUCCUCUACUUCCACUUCGACAGGCUUUGGAUCCAAUCAUCUCUCAAAUAGACAAAUUAGAAAAAUCCAUAACAGUUGCAAAGAGUGAAUGUCAUUUUCCUUCAGAACACGGCUUGACUCGUGAAGAAUCAGCAGCAAUAUACCUAUAUACAAUGGAGUGGGAUGAGCAAAGUUUAUAUAAAGUGCUUAACGCGACACUUCGUGACCAAAAUCGAUCUUUAUUAAUCCCAUGGCAUGGGUAUUUGAAGUUAUUUGAUACAGCAUUAAAAAAAUUGCCUAGUCGUCAAAUGAAUGUGUGGCGUGGUAUCAAGGGUGAAGUUUCUAAGAAAUAUGAAGAAAAUAAUGAAGAAACUUGGUGGUAUUUUUCAUCAUGUUCAUCUUCAUUGAAAGUCGUCAAAGAGUUUCUUGGCCCCGUAUCAACAUUGUUUAUGAUUGAAGUUAAGAAUGGCAAAGAUAUUUCUGCAUACAGUUCAAUUCAAAACGAAAAAGAAAUUAUUCUUUCAUUGGGUACUCGAGUGAAAGUAGGUGACGCACUAAAUCAUGACUCAAUGAACGUGAUACACUUCCGUGAAUUGGAGAAUGAUGACGUUGAAGAAUUACCAUCGCCAUUUCUGAAAAUGAAUGUCGGUGCAGCAGCGCAACCUAAUUUUAGUGAGUAG